AUGAUUGUAGGGCUAUGCGAAACCGAGGGAUCUUGCAGGCACUGCGCAGACGGCAGGUAUUCAUAUUAUCGUUGUCGAAUGCAGGAUGAUUGCUUUAUUGGAGAAAUAUGCGACGACGGAUUCUGUUGUCCAAACAGUCUGCCAACAUUUUCGCUUCAACGAGAACAAGCGAAAUCGAAUCAGACAUUUGAUCCACAAAAAGGGGAUCCAUGUCCGGACGGAUCGAAAUGGGAGAAGCGAUGUUCUAAAGACGAAGAUUGCAAUUUGCGGGAAGAGGUCUGCAAUGAAGGAAAAUGCUGCAAAAGUGAGUAG